UAUUCAGCUAUAUUCGUUAUAUUCUAAUACUUUAUUAUAUUUGAUUUUGCUUUAGAAUAUCAAUAGAGUAUUCUGCAAAGCGCUGAACCCCUGACACUUGGUGGUUGUCAGUCCUAACAAAAAAUAAUAAUGAUAUUUUCUAAAGAUUCUCAUGUGAACAUAAACAUUUAAAUAGUGCUACCUAUAUAUGUAAGUUACAGUGGAACCUCUCUUGGACGGACACUCACCGUCGAGCGAUUUUUGUCCGCUUACGAGAGGAUCAUUUGUUCUACAAAUUUAACUUGUGCAUGGAUAAAUUCCUGCUAUUCCUUCUAUAAGAAGUGUCAGUUAGUAUACCUAUGCAUAUUUAAACGAUUCUAAAUUCUUUGAAAAAUACGAAAUUGAAGGUUUUAGAUUCAUAAAUGAAAAUACUUUAAGUGAAAAGUGUGAAUACUUUUGCAUACUUCAUGUGCAAAUCUUCACCAUGGGAGACAUGUUUCGCAGCGAAAAGAUGGCGCUAUGCCAGUUGUUCAUACAACAAGAAGCUGGUUAUAGCACUAUUUCCGAGUUGGGCGAGAUCGGAUGUGUGCAAUUUCGUGACCUUAAUGUCCAUGUUAAUUCGUUCCAACGGCAUUACGUCAACGAAGUGCGUCGUUGUGAUGAGCUGGAACGUCAAAUGAAUUACAUUGCAAGUGAAUUGAGGAAAGAUGGUAUUGAAGUGAAGGAAUUGAUUGAUGAUCUGCCGAGUGCGCCGAAUCCACGUGAUAUCAGCGAGCUUGAGGCCACGCUGGAGAGAGUGGAGACGGAAAUAAGUGAACUUGCACAAAAUAAUGUCAACCUGAAGACUAACUACACCGAAUUAAAAGAGAUGUGUAUGGUGUUGGAGCAAACACAAACGUUCUUUAGUGAUGUCAUGGAUGCGCCAUCGCAUUUCGGUAGCGAUGACACGCACGCACAAGCAAGUUGCCAAUUGGGAUUCGUGGCGGGCUUAUUGAAUCGUGAGCGUUCGUUCGCUUUCGAGCGUAUGCUUUGGCGCAUAUCGCGUGGUAAUAUUUAUGUGAAGCGUGCUGACUUGGAAGAACCACUCACAGAUCCUCGUACCGGACUUGAGGUUUACAAAACCGUGUUUGUGGUGUUCUACCAGGGUGAGCAGCUGAAUAUGCGUAUCAAGAAAGUUUGUAACGGAUUUCGUUCAUCGUUGUACACGUGCCCUGCGGCACAUGCCGAACGCGAAGAGAUGUUGCGUGGUGUUAAGACACGCUUGGAAGACUUGAAACUGGUGAUCAGUCAGACGACAGAUCACAGACGUUUAGUGCUGUCGAACACUAUCAAAAACUUGCCCAGAUGGUUGGUAAUGGUAAAAAAAAUGAAAGCCAUAUAUCACACACUGAAUAUGUUCAAUAUAGAUGUGACUAAAAAAUGUCUAAUCGGUGAAGGUUGGGUGCCAAGAAACGACUUGGAAAAUGUUAAGCAAGCGCUGGCAGCUGGUUCGGCUGCUGUCGGUAGCACAUUGCCGUCGUUUAUGAACGAGCUCGAGUCCGAUCAAUCACCACCAACCUUUAACCGUGUCAAUAAGUUCACGAAUGGUUAUCAGCAUCUUAUCGACGCCUACGGUAUGGCCAACUAUCGUGAGGUGAAUCCGGCGCUUUAUACUUGUAUAACAUUUCCUUUUCUCUUUGCCGUUAUGUUUGGUGAUUUGGGACAUGGAUUUUGUAUAUUCCUCUUUGCCCUCUGGUUGGUGUUGGAUGAAGAGCGUUUGAGCAAGAAGCGUGGCGGUGAAAUCUGGAAUAUAUUCUUUGGCGGUCGUUACAUUAUUUUACUUCUGGGUCUCUUCUCUAUGUACACGGGUUUCCUGUAUAAUGAUAUAUUUUCAAAGUCACUCAACAUUUUUGGCUCUGGUUGGAGAGUGCGCUAUAAUACCAGUACCGUGUGGACAAAUCCCAGUCUAACAUUGGAUCCAGUCGUGGCUUCUGUUGCGACUUAUCCUAUGGGUGUGGAUCCCAUUUGGCAAUUGGCUGAUAAUCAAAUUAUUUUUCUCAACUCCUUCAAAAUGAAAAUGUCAAUUAUUAUCGGUGUGUCUCACAUGAUUUUCGGCGUUUGUUUGUCGGUGGUGAAUUUCGUGCACUUUAAGAAGUAUUCGCUGAUCUUCUUGGAAUUCAUACCGCAAAUACUUUUCCUGAUCCUACUCUUCGGCUACAUGUGCUUCAUGAUGUUCUACAAAUGGGUGAAAUAUACACCUCAUACCCAUUAUUUGCCCGAUACACCCGGUUGCGCGCCAUCUGUUCUAAUUUAUUUCAUCAACAUGAUGCUCUUUAGCGAUUCACCACAGCCAGCCGGUUGUGAUGAGUACAUGUUCGUUGUACAACCCACUCUGGAGAAGGCAUUUGUGGUCUUGGCUAUAAUUUGUAUACCAUGGAUUUUGAUUGGCAAGCCGCUAUAUAUCAUGGCUGUGCGGAAACUACGUGCCAAGCGACAACCCAUAUCAACUUUAGGUAAAAUGGAUGAGGAAGGAGGCAGUCAUCACGGCGCUCACGACGAAGAGGACGAUGAACCAAUCAGUGAAAUAUGGAUACAUCAAGCUAUACAUAUGAUCGAAUACAUACUGAGUACAAUUUCGCAUACAGCUUCGUAUUUACGUUUGUGGGCUCUGUCGUUGGCUCAUGCAGAACUCUCUGACGUACUCUGGAAUAUGGUGCUUUCCAAGGCGCUUACAUUCCCUGGUUAUCCGGCAGCCAUUGCUUUAUUCUUCAUUUUCGGCGCUUGGGUUUUGCUUACAAUAGCCAUUAUGAUUUUGAUGGAGGGCUUGUCAGCCUUCUUGCAUACUUUACGUUUGCAUUGGGUUGAAUUUAUGAGCAAAUUCUAUACCGGUGCGGGAUAUGCAUUUUUGCCAUUCGAUUUCAAAGUUUUAUUGCGCAGUGAUGACGAUGACUAAGCUCUCUUGAGAAUAUACUCAAUAAUUGUAACAAUCAGAUAUGUAUGUUCGUAUUUUCAAAUGUGCUUAGAAGUAUAAUAAAUAUGUAUGUUUGUUAUCAUUUCAACACUUCA